AUGAGUCUGUCACAAACGUCGGAUCAGUGUCCUGUAUCUGCCGAAAACCUAAUUGAUGCUUCAAUAGUUGUCAAUACACAAGAAACUAGCUUUGGUGAAUCAAUUACCAGUCUACUUGAAAAUCAAGAAAACUUGGUAAACAACAGUUAUUCGGUUCAUGAUACUUUCCAUUACAUGGCUGCUGAAGAUGUCCAGAGUCAUUUUUGUUACGAGCAGGACCCAUUUUUGCGCAUUGAAGCUUUGUACAACCAGUUGACUUACUCUUUGGGUCAGCAACAACCUACAUCAACCACAACAACAAUAUGCAAAGACUAUGAACAUCAACGACAAUUAUCAGCGCCACUACGUUCAAACUCGAUGAGCACUGUGGCUACCAUCAUAUCUUUUGCUGCUGGGAUUGGGUCUACUAACUCGCAAGAGAAGAAACUAGUUCAAAUGCCCCCACUGUUGAUGAGUGAUUGUCAAUACUCCCAGCCACCUUUGCAUCAUAUUGAGCUGUACCACUUAGGCGCAGACAAGUCCAAUUUCCUAAAUCCAAUUCUAGUCAAUGGCGGCACUUCUUCUUAUGUUAAUAGUCAAACAAGUGCUAGUAACGUUGUUCAUAAUGCAGGUGACAAUUUUUGUCCUAAUUUCUCCUAUGCAACCAAUUUCGCAACCAUUGCCAGCUCGCCCCUUUUUGCGAAAAACUUAGUUCUAAAUUCAAACACGGAAACUUUAUCUGAUAAAAGACAAAUUGUACAAAAGGGCGAAAUCUAUGACGAGGUCUCCAAUGCACAAUUGGCUGGUGGUAAUGUCUUCCCUUAUUACCUGAGAAGUAAUUCUUCCAAGUUGGAUGAACUUCGGGAAUCGUUAAACUUGUAUCCGUUUUAUGUGUUACCUAGUUCUCAGGUAGCUUUUGAACAAGAUCACAACGAAUCGGUCAUUUCAAAUAGCUCGGUUAGCUUUGCAGCAAUAGGUCCUUUACGAAGAAAUUACACUGAAAACACACCAACGCCCCUGAGAGUCCGCGAGUACAGAUCGACGAUUCCAUCUUCUCCAAUAGCUGAGGCUGCCUCAGAAGGAAACUGGCUGCUGAGUCGGCAAUUUGAUGACCAUUAUCAAGUGGAAAGCUCAUCUGCUGACUUAGCAGCUGAGACAUAUGAAGAUACAUUGCCUGUACGCUAUUCUCAUGUUCCACUGUAUAAUAUACACAAUAUGGUGCUGCCAAUAAUAUUUACGUUUGUUGAGCGCAAAAAGGAUUUCAUCCACUACGUUGAGCAAUUUAUUAGCAAUUGCAAAGAUGUCAAAACUUCGUCACGGCCCUCCACUUAUACGAAACGAACAACAAGGUGCCACUCACCUACAAGUUCUGAGAUUUACGACAUUGGCCCGAAAAUUCUCCCUACGCCAUUCUCCAAAGAAUUUGUCGCUUUGAAAACCACCAAGUUCAAACCAUUGACUGAGUUGAAGAGUUUGGCCCAUUAUCAAUUGCCCAAAAAUCAGUCGUGCAAUUAUGUGAUUGAUAAAUUGAAAAAAAAGGGCCAUCAUUGUCCCAAACGUCCAGCGAGUGGUGGCGGAUUAGGCCCAUUCAGAUUGCAGCCUCCGCUAACUUUAGGCGAGGCCAAGAAUGAUCGAUACUACUCUCGACUCAAUAUUUACGAAUUGUCAAAAAUCCUCGAGUUGGAUCAAUACGAUAUAAGUUUGACCAAAUUUAUCGAAGAUGUGAUUUUAGAAAUGUUUGGCAAUUAUUGCGAUUUCAAAUUGGGAUUACAAACUUGGAUUAGAGAUACUGAUAAGGAAAAGAGAAAAUCUUUGAUUCAGCAGUUGUAUUCGUACAGCUCGAUUUUCUAUCCUGAGAUUGAUCAAUUUAAAUUGGAGGUUAUUAUUAGAAGAGGCAGCUAUAGUAUGAUGCAAACGAGGUUGAGGAGAGAACGUCGUUUGAAAAAUGCCAAAAGAUGA